AUGGACUCAAACCGAACGGAUGCCGAGAGCAAGAAGAAGAACAAAGGACAAAUGGAUACCAAAGAACCAACGACCAAGCCUAAGGAGGGUGCUGACAUCGAACCAGACUCAGGUGACCCGAAGACCACUACGACUCUCUUCAUCUCCAAUCUCGGCGAUUCAGUCGAUUCUGCCAAGCUUCUCGAGCGCGCUUCUUCCAUCGGCCCUGUUCGUGAUGCAUUCGUAGUAUCCGAUCCAGUCAAAGCCAAGUCGAGGGGCUUCGGCUACGUUCGAUUCGUCCUACGAGAGGAUGCCGAGACAGCACUGAAAGACGGCUUGGGCGAAUUCGAAGGCCACACCAAACCACCUCUUGUCACAUGGGCUAAACCCAAGCUGAACCCAGAAGAGAGAGCUCAGAAGAAACUGCAAAAGGCUAAGCCCCAGGCCCAGAAGCGGGGUCGAUCGAACCCAGAUGAUUUAGAACAAGAUCCUGCCGAGUCCGAAGCAAAGAAGCGGAAGAGCAACCCUUUUGCUCAUGUGAAGAAGGACCCCUUCUCGAACCGUAUCGUCGUCGUGCAAGGGCUUCCGAUUCCCCCAGUCGUCAGUGAUGAAAACGAUCUUUCAAAAGCUCAUGAGAAGACAAACGCAGAAGACGGCGACGAAGAACCCGCGGAGGAAGCACAAUCCGAGGCUGACGAAGACUCCCAAGCUCAUUCUGGGAAGUCCAUCACGAGCAAGGCUUUGUACAAGAAAGCCAGGAAAUUGGGAAAGCUCGAAAUAGUCAAAUAUCCAGUCCCCUUCCCCCCAAGCCCUUCAUCAACCUGUGCCCACUUGGUCUUCAAUGACGCCACUUCAGCAGCGAUCGCACAGAAAAAACUUCACGGGCACAUCUUCAAAGGUCACUUUCUAACCUCCGCCCUCAAAUCUCGUCUAGAUGCCACCACUCGAUUGGGACAUGCCUUUGGUGGACGACUGAUCAUCAGAAACUUGCAAUUUGAUAUCACUGAGCAAGAUCUACGAUACCUAUUUGCCCCAUUCGGAGCUCUUCAUUCGAUCGACAUCCCUACCACCGUCGUCGAGGGCAAACCGAAACCAAGAGGGCGAGGCUUUGCAUUUGUCUGGAUGUUGAAUGAGGCAGAUGCAGGUAGAGCUAUCGAAGGCUUGAAUGGCAAAAAGGUUUAUACAGGCAUCGCUCUUGACGCCAUUCAAAAAGAGACGGAUAACGAGAAAAAGAGCGCAAAACGAAAGCGAGAGAAAGCGAAUGACUCGGCUGAGCGGGGUCGAGUGAUAGCCGUUGAUUGGGUGCUCAGUAAACAAAAAUACGAAGAGGCUGAGGGUGCAGGCGACAAUAAAAAUAGUGAUGAUCAAGAGUCAAACGAUGAUGAUGAGGACGACGAGGACCAGGAGGACGAUGAGGACGACGAGGAUGAUCCGAGUGGAUCGGAGGACGAAGAUGGUGAAGACGAGAGUGGCUCUGACAUCUCCGAUGUUCAAAUAGGAUCAAGCGAGGAUGAAGCUAAUCACCCAGGCGACAACUUCAAGGCAAAAAAAGAGCAAGGCACGACGCUGUUUGUUCGUAACUUAUCUUUCGAAGCGACCGAGCAAGAGCUGCAUACUCUUUUCCGUCCAUUCGGGCCGCUCAGAUACGCGCGGAUAGUCAUGGAUCCUAAGCUUGGACGAUCCCGGGGGACUGGAUUUGUGUGUCUGUGGAACAACGAAGAUGCCGAGAAAGUACUAGAUUUGGCUCGGAAGUUGGAAAGUGAAGGUUUUGGGCAUGGCCCUCCAGCGGCGAAUGGACUUCCCUCGCUACUCCAACCUGAUCCCUCGUCAAGCCUGGCAUCCCGACUUAGCCUACACGGUCGAGUCCUCGGAAUAUCGGAAGCAGUUUCGAGGGACCAGGCUGAAAAACUCAGGAUCGACCGAGACAAGAGUGGGGCAUGUAAGGAUAAGCGACGUCUAUAUUUGAUGCGCGAAGGAGUGAUCUUUCCCAACUCCGAUGAAGCCAAAAAUCUCCAUCCAGCCGAUCUGGCUGCUCGUCAACAAUCGUUCGAUCAAAGGAAAGCUCUUCUGAGGUCAAAUCUGUCACUCUACAUCUCGUUCACCCGAUUAUCCAUACGUCAAGUACCACUGUAUGUGUCGGAACGUUGCCUCAAACGUUUGGCUCGACAUGCCUUGGAUCAGUGGCGCAAGGAAGUCAAAGCUGGAAAGCGAGCGGAGUUGACUGAGGAAGAACUCGAGCGGGAAAUUACGCUCGAGCAGAUCAAGAUACCCGAAAAGAAAUCAGAUUCCAAGAAGAAAAAAGAAAUCAAAAGCAAAGUCAAACAAGUCAAGAUCCUACGAACAACCGAAAAAACCGACGGAACAACCGGGUUGGGUAAAAGUAAAGGAUACGGUUUCCUGGAAAUGGAAACCCAUGCGGAUGCGUUGAGGGUGCUGAGAUGGGCCAAUGCUAACCCAUCGGUGGAUAGGCUCUUGCGAGAGUGGACAUGCGAAGAAAUCGAGAGAUCUAUCCAACAAAACACGACUGGCGAAGGCGAGGAAGAAGAUGAAAGUCCCAAGAAGAAGAAAGUGAAGAACAACGAUGGCGAGGGGGAUGAUGUGAGCUCUAAGAAGCACAAAAGCAAGAAGAACGGCAAAGAAACGGACAAUGGUCCUAAAAACAAGACUUCUUCUAAAUCGGCCGAACCCAAAAUGGACGACAAGAGGAUCGAAAAACUCCAGAUAAAGCUGGACGAACUGCGUUCUGAAUUGGCAACUUUGGAUAAACGUGGCCAAAAGAACGCGGCCAAAGCCUCCUCCGACCGCCCCAAUGGCAAGGUUGACACGGAACAUGGGCAUAUUAAGCCGCAUCGAAUGCUAAUCAUCGAGUUUGCGAUCGAAAAUGCUCAAACGGUUAAAAAACGGCUGGAAAGGAAAGAGAAGAUGCGUGAAAAGGACAUGAAAAAGGACGAAACCAGUCGAAAAGCAGAAGACGAUGGGGAUGGCAAGAACGAAGAUGGUGAUCCGAAAAGCCGCGCAAAACACUCGGGCAAGACCCGGUCGAAAUCCGCCGACCAGAAGAACAACAGUCGCCAACGAAAGCUGCGCGUAUCUUCCUCCGUCCCCGAGAAAGAUCCUAUCGAGGCGGCCGAGAAGAGCAGCCAAAGUAAACUGGGUCGGAUCAUCAGUCAGAAGCGAAAGUCUCAGAAAAUCAAACGCGGCUCGAAAUAA